UCCGGGUUUUUCAUUUCACUUCUAAGUGUUUGCAAUGUCAUGCGUGCUUUAUAAAUGAAAGAUAUCUACAUGUAGCCAUGGCUGAUGCCACAGCACGGAUGCAGCUUAAAGGUAGAGGCGAAAGAUUUCCACCAGAUGGUAUGGAGAGGGAAGACACCUCAAGGACUGACACUGGCUGCUUCAGCACCUCUUCCAGUGAUCUUGAAACCGAUUCAAGACCAACUAGUGACACUUGUGCUCUAGCCAAGGGAAUGGGUGAAAAGUUAAAAAUCACUAGUACUCCAGAGGUAUCUAGUGAGUCGACUAAAGAAGGUGAAGAGAUGAAAAAGGAAGUUGGAACCCUUACAUGUUCCAAGCAAGAACUAGAAAGCACCGAUGCUGCCAAAGCUUCCAUCAGUCCGAUCAACGAGGAUCAUGAAGGGCAGCAGGACAUGGCAUCAACAGCACCCACCGUGGGGCAGGAUGUUAGACUUCAUGUCGGCUCUGACGAUCCCACCGACACCUCUGAUCACAUUGCAUGUACAGGUACAAGCGAAACUGCUGCAAGUCACCAGGCUCAAGUGUACCAAGAACCUGGUCUUGGUGAUGACAAUUUGGCUAAAGCUGAUAUAGCUGAUGGCCAGGCAGAGCAGACGCAUCUUAUGACUGGUACUCAUCCCCCUGUUAGCAAUGAUGUUAGAGAGGUAACCACUGCAGCACAGCCUGAUUUUUAUCCAGUCACCUGUCCGAAUUCUGCUUCUGCUUAUCAAAGCCCCUCUCCUCAGACAGCUAGAGAGAUGGCAACAACCCCUCAUACCCCAACCCAGGAAACAAUUCUACCCAAAGCAGAGGAACCUCCACCUGUAUCGGAGGAUGCAGACACUUGGGAAAAGGAACAUUUUGAUGUUCUUCUCUUGCACAGUGAACAUGAUGUGAGUUAUGUGAAUCAGUUCCAGACGUAUGCUCAACGCAACUCCUGGAAAACUACUAGCCCAGAAGACUUCCCAGCAAAUAUGUCCAAGUUUGCAGCCUUUAAUACAGCAUUUAAGCGAAGCACUUUCACAGUGCUCUUCUUAACAAAGAGCUUCCUCAGUGACUUCUGGUGUGAGAAUCAUUACCAGACGGCUCUCGUGCAGUCAAUUGAAAACCCAGAAAAGAGGUUCUGCGUCAUACCUGUCAUUUGUGACAAAAACGCCAAGGUGCCAAUGGAGUUAGGCAUCUUAACAGCUGUGAACAUGGGAGCAGCUAACUGUGAGAAAAUUUUGAAAAGGACCAUCAGCGUUGAGAAGAGGAUGCAGAGAGAAAAGGCAGCCAGUCGAACUGUGACUCCCUUGAUUCCUACAGCUACUAACAUCAGGGCCGCCCUUGCUACAGAGGUGGAUGCGGCAGCAUGCAGCUUGGAUGAGCUUUACCGCCGAAUGCAACCUACACUGAACCCUGGCCAAUUUGCUUCAAGUGUUUUCCCCAAAGAUGGGCUCUUCCGACAACUCUGUGUCUGCCUCGACAGGCAACUGCUUCAUGGUAAGGACUGGAGGCUGUUAGCCGAAAACCUGGGAUUCAAGAAAUCAAUCAUUGAGGAUCUCCAGCAGCGUUGCAAGUCAAGUGGGACAAGUCCGAUGGUUCAUGUUCUGGAAUGCUUCUGUCAACAACAGCUGGCACAAGGGAAGGCUUCAAAGGAUAUUUUAGACAUCCUGCACAAACAUUUGCAGGCAAUGCCAAGAGAGGAUGCCAUUGAAAUCUUGCGUAAAAUGUAGGCAUGCAGUUUGUGCAAAAAUGUCAGAAUUACUCUUGACACUGAAACCUGGCAUAAUUUUUUUAAAUGAAGAAGCAAUGAAAUCAAAAAAGCGUACAUUUCUUUGGCUCUUCCAUGUGUCACUUGGAUGCAUAACUUGGUAAAUAGUACUUAGAGUUGUAAUUUCCGAGUCAACGUUAUACCUGCUGACCCAAGUUUUGUAGCACUGGGAGAGAGAUGGUUGCAUUGUCAUGCAGUAUCUCUGUGCCAACAAAAUAUUAUUCGUGAUAAUCUUGGACAUGAUUUUCAGGCUAACCAUGGGAAAGUUUAGCACCAAACACAACAUUUUUAGUAAUGUUGACUGAGAUUCUCUUGUAAGGGAUACCCUAUGUAACAAUAGGGACUUCGCCCACUUCACUUGUUAUCUCAUGAUCACAUCAUGCGCGCUGGGUUUACACAUCAUGACCUACAUGUACAUGUAGCAGGUAUUUUCCAAUUUACAUAUAGUUUAAAGAGUUCAUUACAUACCAUAUUGGAUUUUGUGCAGUUUAUCAUGAACAAGUCGUCUCUGAAGCAAAUUACUUGUAAAUAUGAACACGUACUAAAAAAACGCAGCUUAACAGAAGUGCCUGCAAGGCAAGUAUUUAUAUGCACUGGUAUGUACAGUGCAUGUAAAUGUAAUUUCUUGCAUGCACAUACAUAUGUACGUGUACCUAUACAUAAAUGAUGAAAUUCGAAUGAUGAAAUAAUGUCAUUUUCCUUUAAAAAGGUUCAAGUAUAAUAUGUAUUAACAUGGAACAUGCAGUGUGCAGGUGAGGUUACUGAGUGUUUGGAUGAAACAUUGCAGGCAUUUGUCAUUAGGUACGGUAGACAUGUACUUCUUGAAGACAGAAAAAGCUUGAUGUCCAUGUAAUAUGUGCAGUGAAGGUACAAUCCAUUUGUCCUUUGUGCAUUACAUGUAUGUUCCUAAAUGUAUGAGGCAACGGACUUACUCAAAAUCCAAAGAAGGGUGUCCAAGAACAAACCUGAUGAAGUUUCAGCUCAGUGAAUACUAUUCCAAGAAAAACAAUAUUCUAGGAUCUUGAUUUCAGAUUAAAAGUUGCAGAGUUAUGUUUUGCACCUGAAGUCAGCAUCUGGGAGAGUGAACACGUGCACGUGUUAUGUCAAUACUUGUGCACGCUUUGAAUGGCAAUUUUGAAAAAUGCUUUUUUAGAUGCAUCAUUGGAAAUAACCUUUUGUUGUUUUCUUCAAAAUGACAGUUUGUCAGAAGGAAUAUUUUCACAGGGAGUUUAGCCCUAACCAAGUCAUUUCAUCAGCUACUUUUUGGAUAACUGUAAAUAAUGGAUUGUAUCUUUGACUAGUUUGAUUGGUUCAUGUACAUGUAUGUAGCGUUUGCUGUACAGUUUUCAACUCGGAGUAAUCUGAACCACCACACUGUGAUAAUUUAAACAUUUCGAUCCAAUCAAAUGAGAGAAUGAACAGAACUUUUCAUUGUAGUGUAUAUUGUGACAUACAGUAAAUGUUUAUAUGUCUUUAACAAGCAAUUCUUAUUGCCUAGUCAAAUGCUCUGUCAGAGAUGCAUUUUAAAAAUGCAACUAAAUUAUUUUUUUAGCAUGAGCAUCCCGAGGACGAGACAUCUCAUUUGACACAUACAAUGUUCAUGUACAUGUACAUUGGUGUAAAUUGUAAUUCAAGGGCACUUUAUUUCAAAGUCAUCACCAAAUGAACCACAAUAACACACUGUUAUACAUGUAAUUUUGAACUCAAGUCAAUAGACGUUAUGAUGCAUUUUCUUUUACAAAGCCUUAUACAUACAGGCAUUUUGAAUUUUCUUUAAAAAAGCCCAACACACACUAGCAAGAAAAGGGCAGAAUAUUCUUAGUGUAAACCGCAUGUUAGAAGGGCACCCUUCCUGCUAGUUCUUGCAAACAUCUUUUUCUGCCAACAUUGGACUUGAUUCAAUCUGUACUUGUGCAUAAAUCUCCCCAGCAUGUAGGCUUGUUGGUAUCAGGUACAAUUGGCCCACAGGAGCCAUAGUCUUGUAUCAAAAUUGGCAACCUUCUUUUGGAAUCUGUUUCAAUUUUUGCAAGAUAAUUUUCCCUGCAAUGCAUUCUGACAGGUGUACAGUCCUGACAGUUGCUGGUUAUGUAUAGUACAUGCAGGUAAAUUGUUGUAAAACCCAUGUUGACAAAUUCCUGACCUGAAACUUGGCUUUAUGCAAGAACAAAUCUAAUUACACAGAGAAAGAUUCCGGUAGGAUGGAAACAUCAGGCCCUCCUUUGUGAUUCAUUUAGUGCAAUUACCUUUCAUAUCUGGGGUAAAUGGAGCAUUCAUCUGUAAUCUACUUGGAGAGGCAACCAACCUGUCUUUUCCUUCAAUGGGCAACUGCUGUAGUUUAGAAAGCGCAACAAUAAACAGUGUCCAUUGUAAUCAUAUAUUAUGUCACAAAAAAGAAAAAAAAAGAUAAAUUUUUACCAAUGUGAAGAGUUAUACGAAACUCUUGUAAGUACUAGUGCACAGUAAAUGAAAUUUCAAUAUAAAUAAUCCUUGCAUACAUCAAGUAAUUACUGUUCAAGUCAUUACUUUACUGUUUCUUCUUUCAAAGAGCUCACAAAGUAAUAAAUGGACGAGAAGAAAUCAA